CCACAGUUGUACUCCACACUCCACCGGCCCACUGCGCGGUACACACACUCAGAGUCAGAGCGUACGUCGUCGCCGCCACCGACUGCUGCGUCGUAGUGUCGUCCUCGUGACUUUUCCCCCGCGCGCGUUCUCGUUACGUCGCCGACACAUAUCGUCAGUACUCAGUUGCGGCGCAAUUAGUGUGCACUCGUGACGUCCGCGUUUCGUAGCGUGUUUCUGUCUGGUGUGUGUGGUUUUACAUCCGCGAUUUAAUAUUGUUAUUAUAAUGUGUACAUGUAUGCAGUUCAACAUAUUUUAAAUACAUACACCACGCAUUAUAUAUGUACGAUGUCAUUGUAACUUCUCCGUGUUUGAACAAUUGAAACGAUUUUUUUGUAUUCUGAAAAUAAAUUUUUCUCUUUUUCAUCUUUUUAACUAUUCGUUUUUUUUCUCCGUGUUUACGCUCCAGACUCGGGUUAUAAUACGUUAACCGGUUUCACGUGUGAGUUUUUAUUUUUUUUCUAAAUACAAGUCAACGUAUUCCGUCCGUCGUUUUUAAAGAGGAAAGACGUUCGACUCGAGGGCCAUGGAUUACGGUUUAGAGCCGCAGCAGAGGGCCAGGUCCAACACUUGGCCCUUGCCCAGACCGGACGCCGAAGACGGCGGGCCCCAGAUGCCCGAGGGCAGUCCCCCGCAGUUGUUGGACAUUGUCACCGACGUGGGUGGAAACGGUGGCACUGCCGGCACCGUUGGCGGAGUGCCGUCGCCGGGGUCCGGGCUGCACCCGCCGCAACAGCAACAAGGCGCCGGCAUGGUCGCCGGGCCGGUCAAGAAGACGUCCAGCCGGCGAAACGCCUGGGGUAACCAGUCGUACGCGGAYCUCAUCACUCAAGCCAUCAGCUCGGUGCCGGAACAGCGACUCACUCUAUCCCAGAUCUACGAGUGGAUGGUGCAGAACGUACCGUAUUUCAAGGACAAGGGCGACAGCAACAGUUCGGCCGGAUGGAAGAACUCUAUACGUCACAAUCUGUCACUUCACAGCCGGUUCGAAAAGAUACAAAACGAGGGCACCGGCAAGUCGUCGUGGUGGCAGAUCAACCACAACGCUAGCCGGACGACCGGCAAGUCCAGGCGCCGCGCCACGUCCAUGGAGACGCCCAAAUUUGAGAAAAAACGUGGGCGCGUCAAGAAGGUCGUCGAGGCCAUCCGUAACGGUCUGCAACCCGAGAACACGCCUAGUCCUAGCUCUUCGAUUUCUGAAAACUCUGACAUGAUACCCGUGUCACCCCUCAGGAAUUACCAAUUCAGUCCCGACUUCAGAGCGCGGGCUUCGUCGAACGCUUCGUCCACUGGCCGUCUGUCACCGAUAUUCAGCGAGCAGCUCACUGCUGACUAUGGCCUGGACUCGGUGGCCGAACAGGGCCAGGCCGACCAGCUGGCCGGCACGCUGGCACAGACCGUUCGGCUCUCUCAGCCGCUGCAGACGCUCGAAAGCUACAGAGACGUGUUCUUGGACAACCGUCCACCCCCGCCGCCGUACAGUAGCUUGUCGAUCCAGUCGUGUCCUAUCCACGGUUACCAAGGGUGUUCGUGUUUCAAUCUCAACCAGCUCGAGAACACUUACAUAAAACAGGAGUGUAUAUCGUUCGACAACAUGUUGAACGACCAGCAGGAUGACAACAUGUCCGCCACCGUGGUCGGACAAAUAAUGGGAUCGUCACAUCUGUCAUUCGACGAGCUCAACAUAAACUUGGACAAAUUUCCGCCGGUCGAAUGCAACGUGGAUGAGGUGAUCAGCCACGAAGUCAGUCUGGGCGGCUGCUUGGACUUUAACAACUUCAAUCCACCGGUACAACAGCAACCGUCGGUAUCCACCACACAGACAUUGUCAUCCGUCAGUCACGACCAAUCGUCGUUCACUUCCGGACAACAUUGGGUCCAUUGAACAGUUGAAAGAAAUAUCCGAGUUCUGUGGGAAAAGUUAAAGACAAGUCUAUGCAAAUGUUUUAAUUAUGUCGUCCCAGAUAAUUUAUGUUAAUUUUCAUUGUUAUAAUCAUAAUAAUUAAUAAUACAUAA